AUGGUUUUUCUUGAUGAAGAUGAGUCGUUGGAAGCCACAGAUAUGGAUAAAAGUCAAAAUGAUAUGACCCGAGAGUUUGUUCCGCAAGAUGCUCCCAUGCAAACAACUACUAUGGAAACCAUAAGGUCAACUCAAGAAUCUGUAAAGGAUGUUCUUAUGGAUAAAGUGUUGAAUGUUAAAGAUGCUGUGAAGAACAAAGUCAUGAAAGAGACCGGAAUGCCAGAAUGGGCUUUUGUGUUUCUGGGUAUCAUCGGUUUACUCAUCGUUGUUGGAUGUGGUUUUAUGCUCAUUCGAAAAUUAUUCGGAAAGAAGCGACAUGGAGAGAAGAAUAAGAAAGGGUUUAAGGGAUUAUUUGGCAAAGGCGGUGAUUUAGUAGCCGGAAAGGACAUUGGAGCUGGGAUGCAAGCAGACUUGGAAGGAUUAGAGGAAAAUAUGGAGCAAAACGAAAAAGCUCAAGCAGAAGAGAAAGAAGAAGUCAAGCUUGGCAGAAUUCAAUACAAACUUGAUUAUGAUUUCCAACAGGGACAAUUAACUGUCACUGUCAUCCAAGCAGAAGACUUGCCUGGUAUGGAUAUGAGCGGAACAUCAGAUCCAUACGUCAAGUUGUAUCUUCUACCGGAAAAGAAGAAGAAAGUUGAGACUAAGGUUCAUCGUAAGACACUCAAUCCAGUUUUUAACGAAACAUUCAUUUUCAAGGUGGCUUUCAAUGAAAUUACGGCUAAAACACUCGUGUUUGCAAUUUACGAUUUCGAUAGAUUCAGUAAGCACGAUCAAAUCGGACAGGUACUGAUUCCUCUUGGAAAAAUUGAUCUGGGACAGGUCAUUGAAGAGUGGAAAGAUAUCGCACCUCCUCCUGAUGAUAAAGAAGCUGAAAAAGCUUUGGGAGACAUAUGUUUCUCUUUACGUUAUGUGCCUACAGCCGGAAAACUAACUGUUGUUAUCCUUGAAGCCAAAAAUUUGAAGAAAAUGGACGUUGGUGGUUUGUCAGAUCCCUACGUGAAAAUUGUGUUAUUACAAGGAGGAAAGCGGUUAAAGAAAAAGAAGACUUCUAUUAAGAAAUGUACUCUCAAUCCAUAUUACAAUGAGUCGUUCUCAUUCGAAGUACCUUUCGAGCAGAUUCAGAAAGUAUCUUUGAUGAUAACAGUUAUGGACUAUGAUAAACUUGGUUCCAAUGAUGCAAUUGGUCGAUGCUUACUCGGUUGUAACGCCAAUGGAGCAGAAUUGAGACAUUGGAUGGAUAUGCUGGCAUCUCCACGUCGUCCUAUUGCUCAAUGGCAUACACUACAGCCAGUAGAAGAAGAAGGCGAAAAAGAUAAGGAGAAGAAAUAA